AGCAGUGGGACUCUCAGCAGAGAUGGCCCUGGCCCAGGAGCUCUACGACACCGCAGCCUCCAGGCUGGAUUCCUUCGUGGCUCAAUGGCUGCAGCCCACCCGGAAAUGGAAAGAAGAGGUGCUGGAGGUUGUUCGCACCGUGGAGCAGUUCCUGAGGCAGGAGUUCUUCUGCUGGGAGCAAGGGCUGGACCAGGAGGUGCGAGUGCUGAAAGUUGUCAAGGUGGGCUCCUUCGCGAAUGGUACAGUAAUCAGAGGCACCGCGCAUGUGGAGCUGGUGGUGUUCCUGAGCUGUUUCCGUAGCUUCCAAGAAGAGGCCAAGCACCACCAAGCUGUCCUGAGACUGCUAAGGAAAAAAGCAUGCUGUUGCCAGGACCUGCUGGCCCUCGGGCUAAGUGACCUGAGUGUGGCCCAAGGAGUCCCUGACACUCUCAUCUUCACCAUCGAGACCAGAGAGACUGCAGAGCCUAUUGAUGUCACCAUUGUGCCUGCCUACAGGGCCCUGGGACCUUCUGUUCCCAACUCUGAGAUACCCCCAGAGGUCUACGUGAGUCUGAUCAAAGCCUGUGGAUACCCUGGAAAUUUCUCCCCAUCCUUCAGCGAGCUGCAGAGAAACUUUGUAAAACAUCGGCCCACUAAGCUGAAGAGCCUGCUCCGGCUGGUAAACUACUGGUACCUGCAGUAUGUGAAAGCCAAGUGCCCCAGGGCCAACCUGCCUCCUCUCUAUGCCCUGGACCUGCUGACCAUCUAUGCCUGGGAGAUGGGUACCCAUAGAGAGGAGAGCUUCAGUUUGGCUGAAGGCCUCACCACCGUGAUGGAACUGCUCCAGGAUGCCGAGCUCGUCUGUAUCUACUGGACCAAGUACUACACGCUCCAGAACCCAGUCAUCGCAGGUGUUAUCAGAAAACAGCUCAAAAAAGAGAGGCCCAUCAUCCUGGACCCAGCAGAUCCCACACACAAUGUGGCAGAAGGGUACAGAUGGGACAUAAUGGCUCAGAGGGCCUGCCAGUGCCUGAAACAGAACUGUUGCUAUGACAACAGUAACACUCCAGUCCCCGGCUGGGAUGUGAAGAGAGCCAGAGACAUCCAGCUGACGGUGGAGCAGUGGGGUCACUCUGAUUUGGUCAUCUGGAUGAACCCUUAUGAGCCCGUAUCAAAGGUGAAAGAGAAAAUCCGGCAGAGCCGAGGCCACACAGGCCUGCAGCGCCUGUCUUUCCAGGAGCCUGGCGGUGAACGGCAGCUCCUCAGCAGUCACAGCUCACUGGCCUACUAUGGGAUCUUCUCUGACACCCACAUCUGCCUGCUGGUCACUGUAUCCCCUGAGAUCCAAGUCUUCGUGAAGAACCCGGAUGGUAGGAGCCACGCCUAUGCCAUCCACCCCUACCAAUUCGUUCUGGGCCUGAAGCAGAGUAUUGAAGACAGGCAGGGGUUCCCCAGCAAGCAGCAGCAGCUGGCGUUCCAGGGCCACGUCCUGCAGGACUGGUUUGAUUUUGCAUGCUAUGGCAUCCAAGACAGCGACACAAUCAUCCUCUCCAAGAAGGCGACAGAAGAGGCUCUCCUUUCACCCAGAUAGUUUCCUUGGUUUUCCAUGCAUUUCUGCCACCAUGUCCAGAACUCAGGACUGGGAGAAGAAGAGUAUUUGCCUCCUAUGUAUGAGGUCCUAGGCUCAAUUAUUGGACUAUGAAAGAAAGAAAAA